AUGAGCCUUCUUCUGAGGGGCAUCGUGCUCCUCGUCGCACUCGUUACCUUCACGUCCGCUGAACACACUUCGAAUUGGGCUGUUUUGGUCUCCACCUCUCGUUUUUGGUUCAACUACCGCCAUCUUGCAAAUGUCCUCUCCCUCUACCGCACCGUCAAGCGGCUCGGGAUCCCAGACUCACAGAUCAUCCUAAUGUUGCCCGACGACAUGGCAUGCAACCCGCGAAACGCAUUUCCUGGCACUGUCUACAACAACGCCGACCGUGCGCUAGAUCUAUAUGGUGACAACAUUGAGGUGGACUACCGUGGAUAUGAAGUCACGGUGGAGAACUUCAUUCGUCUGCUUACGGAUCGGGUUGGGGAGGAUAUGCCUAGGAGUAAACGGCUCCUGACAGAUGACCGGAGCAAUAUUCUCGUUUACAUGACAGGUCAUGGAGGCAACGAGUUCUUGAAAUUUCAGGACGCAGAGGAGAUCAGCGCGUUCGACCUAGCGGACGCUUUCGAGCAGAUGUGGGAGAAGAAACGUUACCACGAAAUGCUCUUCAUGAUUGACACCUGCCAAGCCAACACCAUGUACUCCAAAUUCUACUCCCCCAACAUCCUCGCCACAGGAAGCUCCGAGAUGGACCAGUCCUCCUACUCCCACCACGCCGAUAACGAUGUUGGCGUCGCCGUUAUCGAUCGAUACACUUACUACAACCUCGACUUCCUCGAAACCCAAGUCCGCGAACCAUCGAGUAAGCUGACAAUGGGGGAUCUGUUCGACAGCUACGAUGAAGAGAAGAUACAUUCACACCCUGGCGUACGAUAUGACCUCUUUAACGGUGGUGAAUCCGCUGCUAGGUCAAGACUCGUCAUGGACUUCUUCGGAAACGUCCAAAAUGUGGAGGUUGAGGGUGGAGUUGGAAAUGAGACGGCGUGGCAAGAAGAACUACAAGCUAUUGAAAGAAUGAUCAAUGAUGUAAGGAGACAUAAUGAGUCUCUCGCAGCUUUGCCCGAAGCUGAACCAGCGCCAGCGGCCAAAGCUGCAAGGCCCUCAUUGAAUAGAGAGGGUGCCGCUAGAGUCAACGCUGAUGGUGGCUGGAGCAAACAAUUAGCGGGUGCGGCAGCUCUACUCGGAUGCGUCGGCGUGUGGGCUGCUGGCUCAUGGCUAGAGUCUUCGAAAUAG